AUGGCAACGAUUAAUGUAGUAGCAGGGGAGGUAAUCACUGCUGGAGAUUUUGAAUAUCUAUCUGAUGUUUGGAUUGGGCUGAAUGACAUAGAAGUCAAUGGCACCUAUGUAUGGGUAUCAUCUGGAAAAAAGGCUACUUAUACGCCCUUUGCUGGAAUCGAAGAUGAUUGGACACAAGCCUGUAUACUUAUGACCAGAUAUGGAUGGUGGUACGAUAGGACCUGCUCAUAUUCUCGACCCUAUAUAUGCAAGAAAGCGUCAUGUCCAUAUGGAUGGACAUUCUUCGGAGAGAGUUGUUAUUUAUAUAGCGGUAGUGAGGAAAAAACUUGGGAUGCGGCUCAGUCUGCAUGCUAUAAGGCUGAAGGACAACUUGUAGAAAUCCAAAGUGCUUCAGAGAACAACUUUAUCGUUGAGCUGAAAACGAACUUUUCGUCAAAUCCACCUAAGUCUUGGAUAGGACUGCAAGAUAUAGAAACUGAAGGAACGCAUAUCUGGAUUUCAACCGGAAAUAGUACAACUUAUACCAACUGGGUGUCUGGCGAACCUAACAAUUACAAUAAUGAAGAUUGUGGUGGAAUGCGCGGGAAUGGAAAGUGGAACGAUAUUAAAUGCCACGUCGAACGUACCUAUGUUUGUGAACGUUUAGUACAUGGGAUGUGUCCCAAAGGGUGGAUAUUCUUCAGAGGGAAAUGUUAUAAACACGACAGGGAAGACAAGAAAGAUUGGGAACAAGCAGAAGCUGCAUGCGUUGCUGAUGAUAGUCAUCUUGUGGAAAUUAACAGUGAAGCAGAAAAUAAAUUCCUGACGAAUCUUAUGAGGGCUGGUGAAAAUACUUGGAUGGGGCUGAAAUUGGUUGGCGACGCAUAUAAAUGGAUGUCAUCCGGAAAUAAUGCAACUUACACAAGCUGGGCACCUGGCCAACCGAGCAGUCAUCUUCAGAACACUGUGUUGAAAUGUGGCCAGACUUAGGGAAAUGGAACGAUAAUAACUGUACAAACAGACGACAGUUCUUUUGUGAAAAACUGUCAAGUGUCCAAUAGCGUAAUGGACAUGAUGUCAUCGGUCAAUGUCAUAGAUAUUUGCUGCAGAUUUUAUCUCAUGUAUCACCAUAGCAUUUACAUAAUUUCCUUUUCCUCAACAAUGUCUUAAUAAAAAAUAAACUUCAGAAUUCUGACACAGACUUAAGCUACAUUUUUCUGCCAUUGCGAGCUUCAAGUAUGAUGUAAACUUUAACAUUGAUAAUAAUUAAAGGUUCAUGUACAGAG